GACUCGGACCUGCAUGCAAGCUAUCUCGUAAAUGGCAUGAAUCGCCUGCAUCUUCAUUGCCACACUCGUCCCACGGCGCCAGCCGCGCUCAAACUGCACUUUGAUGUCUGAGCCUCCGCACAUGGCACCAGACCGAGCAGCCUCUCGAAGGCUGUACGCAAAAUCGAGUCGGCCUCGCACCGGAAACGAAUCUUAACGUCACAGCCGCCAUCAAUCCUGCCCAGGUGCGAAGGUUGCCAUACCUGCGCCUCCGAGGCAGAGGAAUUGCCAACAGCAAGACACCCCACUCCUGCGCCCGAUCUGUGUGCACAACCAAACGAAGGCGACCGUUCAAGAAAGGCGACGCCGUCGCCGGUAAAUCGAGGCGGCAGCAAACAUACGACGGAGAACCGCCUACGGGCUGUGAAGAAAGUCGAUUUGUUAUGAGCGCAGUCUCGAAGGCAGCGCCGCAUAAGGAUUCUUUUGGAUACGGAAGACCGCGAGGACUGCGAUGACAUGGUUUGACAGCAAGACAGAAGAGGCUCAAAGAAUACAAGUCCAAUGGUUUCGCGUGCCGAAGUCGCUGAGCGCUCUCAAGGCCCGGCCUCAGUCGCUUCUCGAACUUCCCGAUCCAGACACCAUCACCAUCGAGGCAGGUCACACCAGGGCGGCCUUGCGCAAGCUCCUCUCAAUGAGUUCCCAUUUUUCACGCAAUCCGGCGACGUCGAGAUAGUAAUAGCAUGUGACGGACAAGAGAAAAAGUAUCUCCUCCACAGAUUCACACUUGCACAGUUCUCAGGCUUCUUCGAGGCAAGCACUAGUGAAGAAUGGUCGCGCGCACAGGUCGUUCCACAUACGCGACCAGACCAUGCGCUCAGCGCCAUCGGCGAGGAAUCUUCACAGGUUAGUGCCACACCGGCGGCACCGUCUACGUUGAUCAAUCCUCCACGACGGCGAUGGCGGUACGAACUAGACUGGGAGAACCUCGAAGACAAUGAUGACGAGCCUAUCCUCGCGCAGAGGACCCCAGAAGGCGCGUUAUUCUUACCAUCUCAACCACCUCCACCACCUUACCAAGCAGAGCCACAGCGCCGGCCUCGCCCACAACCAACACAUACCUCGUUUUUCAGAUCCAUGGCAAAUCUCGCCCUUUCACAUCAUGGCCCAGCCUCGCAAUCUACAGCCCAAUUCCCCGUCAGUCCAGAUCCAGUCCUGACGAAUCCCCUGCUGCGCGAUUACGAUAACCUCUUUCGCAUCUUCUACAAUUACCCGCCUCUCCUGAAUGCCACGAACAUUGCAUCCGCCUACUCGGAGUGCAAAGCCCUCCUCGCCCUGGCGGACAUGUACGACGCGCUCCCCGUCGUCGGGUCCCGGAUCGACCACCACCUUCUACGCUUCUCGAGUCGCCUGUUCAAGCAGAUCGCAAAGUAUCCUCCUUCAUACCUGAAACUCGGCUACCUUGCGCGCAGUCGGACUAUCUUCUCCGAAGCGUUGGCACACGUCGUUGGUCAAUGGCCCGUGGCUUUGCCCUAUAUUAAGUCUCCCGACCCGAGCGGUGGAGGCUACGAGGUACCGCAGAGUGUGAUCGACUUGAUCGAGGAUAAAGUGGAUGAGUUGGAAGAGUUGAAGUUACGGGUUGAGACUAAGCUAUUUAGACUGACACUUACCACGAGCCGUGGUGAACGGGUGAAUCCGGUGAAUGAUUACCUCGGGUGGCUGGCGAUGAGCCUGUGGAGGCAGUGGCUUGCAGAGAACACGACGCCCGAGGUUAGGGGGAUUCUGAAAAACUUGGCGAGUUCCAGGCCGGGAAGCGCAAAUACAGGCAGUCAUACACAGUCGGGAAGACCGUCUGUUGGAGCGGCGGGUGGUGCAGGAGGGCAGACUGCGACGGCAAUGGCCAACCAACCGCCACCACCUAUGAAUACAGGCCGAAUAUUUAGGAUGAUUGGAUCAACAAACCAGGAAGCAUUUUUGCCGCGGGACGAGUUGAAGAGAUUCCUCAAGCUACAGCCGCCGGGCCACCCUAGUUCUUCGGCGGUGUAUACAAGAGACAACUUGAGACGGUUUGAGAGGAAGAUUGACGAGAUCAAGAAUGUCGCACGGGAUCUUGUGAAGCCGUUGACAAGGAAUUGUUUGGAACUUGAUCUCAGGAGUUUGAGCGACGGCCAAGGUGGAGGGUUGGGCUAUUUGACCUGCAUGAAGUGUGAAGAGGGGGAUAUUCCUUGGGAGAUCUGCUGAUGGAACCGAGCGGAGACUCUACUGGGCCGCAAUCCCCACGACGAAGGGACAUAGAGGCCUCAUUCAAGACUCAGGCGUGAGCUGUGCGAGGAUAUCGUGAACGUGUCCACCAGCGAUAGGGGCCAGCAACUGCGGGCAGGCCCUGGCAACGAUGUCCCUGGUCUCGAGUCUACGGAAAGUGGCGGAUCAGUCGGCUUGAGCAUUCUUAUCCCCCUCUCCGCCAGAGUAUUGCGGUCUGGGAGAUGCCACGAGUGACACUUGGCAAUGUCGGGAUCGAAAAGGCCAUUUGUCUGCGACAAAUUGGAUGGAAGACAAACGAGCCUUCUUCAUUCAAGGCUCGAUUGUCUUUGACUCCUUCCACCCCAGGAACCGAGAAAAUCCGCCUUGUCCUAUGGAACGCCAUCGAUUUCGUUCUCUACUCCCUUUUGUCAAUUCGUCUACUCAGGGAUAUCGACAGUGGCCUGGCGUUCUUCCAAACACAUGUAAUCCACCACCACAAGAUAACAGUCCUGUCUCUGCCACUGAACUGGCAAGAUUUGCUAAGGCACUUCGGCUACUUACUUCUCCAUCACCCUCUCCCAUCAUCUAAACUACCGCCGGAAGCUCAACGCCGCGAACGUUACAGAAACCCUUGUCUCACAAACCUACGUACGACAUGACAGCCGAUCUUUUCAAGCUGCUCCGGCCCCGAUGAAUUUGGACAUUUCCGAAUGAAUGCAUUAACGUUUGACGUUGACGACUUACGAAUCUCAUUUUCAUUCUCCCCUUGUCUCUACCGUCUAUGCAGGAUUUUCAACUUGCAGCUAGGCGUAGCGAAUCAGAAGCAUUCAUGUCAAUCAUAUGUUCUAUUUGUAUCCUGUUUGUUGUCCGAAAUGUCAGGAAGGUCUUUUAUGGGUAUACCACCGUCCAGCGACUUUUAGCGCCCUGCAAAUAAAAAAAACCAUGUCUCAUUGUCUAUUUUCCACUUCUCAUUGACUUCUACCACGCCUGACCGUGCUGGGAUACUGGGACAUGGAACUUUCAGUCUGAGGCGGGCGACGAAUUGAUAUGGAUUGG